UUCAUAACGUUUCAUAUACUCAUAAAUGUCAUCAAAAAGUUGGUCGUCGUGUAAACUUUAACAGUAGAGAAAGAAGGGAACAAAGCCACUUCCGCAGUUGAGUUAAAAAUACAAUAAUAAAUAUUAACUACUUUAAAUGCGACGAUCACAACGACUUAUUAAAUAUAAAGAUGUUGCGGAUAAACCUAAUUGUUUUGAUGAAAGUAGCAAAUUACUUGCUGAUGAUCGGAAUUUUAAACAACAAAUUCAAAUUUUAGGAGCCAAAGCGGAUAACGGAAGUAACUGUAAUGAAAGCUUAUCUCAGUUAUUUAAAAAAAUAAGUGAGGAUCAAGGCACAGGCCAUAACAAAAAUACAUUGUUAAAUACUUCUAAAACCAACGCUGAGGUACAAGAAGUAAAUACAAGUACAAAUAACACAUCAAAAGAAAAUAAUUUGAAAUAUAUAAAGCGGGCUAGCAAUAAACAAGGUCUAACCGCGACAUCUGCAGCACCAACUACAAGAAGAGGCAGAAAAAGAGGAUAUAGUAGGUCUAAAAACGUUAGACAACAUAAAAAAAGUCGCUUCGAAGCUUCAAAUGAGGAUGAAGUGAAAACACCUAUCAUAUCAAUUGACAAUUAUUUUAACCCCAUAAGAAAUCCAUUGCUGCAAGUUGCGGCAAAUGCACAGCCGAGGCAGAAUAAUGAUUUUUAUUGCUACCACAAAAACUCGCUAUUACCUCCGGUGUAUCCCAAUCAUUUUGUCAAUCAAAACCACACCAACACUUUAAUUAAUCCACAACAAUUGCAGUCUUUUGCAGCGAUGGAGUCAGAUGUUCAACCAGAAAUACACUUUCCCACGCCAGAAUUAACACAAUCACUUGAUUUAGAUUCAUCCACUUCCACAAUAUCGCUGCCGGAAUCUCUUCGCGAACUGUUCGGAUGUGAUGACAUUCGCGAUGUUUUAAAAUUGGAGAAAGUAGUAUUUCGUAUGCGUCUAUUGCAUUUACAAACAUUGGCAUAUGUGUUAAAUAUCGAGUUUAAUUAUUUGCGUGAUUUGGUUGAGAAAAUAAUGAAGUUGGAUACAGAGACAUUACAGAAAGUCAUUUUUGCUUUUCAACCGGAAGCACAUUUUAAAUAUAAUACAGAAAUCAAUGAAUAAUUAAAUCCACAACAAUUCAUAGUGGUUUCAUAAAUAAAUAUAAACAAAUA